AUGGCUGAAACUGAUGAGGUAGCAGCUGAAACUGAUGAGGUAGCAACUGAAACUGUUAAAUGCUCAAAAAGAGGAAUUCAGUCUCAUCAUGUCAAAAAGAGGAGUACUAGGUUGGUAGAAAAUGAGGUUGAAGAAUCUCCCGAAAUUGAAACUAAGAAAACAAAGGAUGUGGCUGAUCUAGUGGAGGAACCGGUUAUGGAGGAAGAAGUUGAAGAUGAGGAAGAAGUACCUUUAAUACGGAGGAAUUCAAAGAAGCCAGCAACCACAAAAUCCACCACUACCAAAUCAACUACACCAAAAACCACCACAAAAUCUACCACCACAAAAGCGGUAAUUCCAAAAUCAACCGCUAAAAUCACCAAAACCGCCACUUCCAAAGUUACAAAAACCACCACUCCCAAAAAGCCUGUCACACCAAAAUCAAAGACUCCCACACCAAAACCAGUUAAGGAGUCUAAGCCAGAGGAGUCGGAGAAGAUGGAAGUGUCAGAACCGGAAACGGAGUCGGAGCCGGUGGGUGAUUCAGAACCGAAAAAUCAGGAGGUGGAGGAAGAAGAAGUUGAGAAGGAGGAUGUUGUAGUUGAACCGCAGAGGAAACCGAUGCAGGCAAAGAAAGUUGCUGCCAAGAAACCGCCAUCAAAAGCGGUUAAGUCUGUUGAGAAGGAGGGUGAAGCAAAGGGUGAUGCAGUUGGUGCAGGGACCAGUACGGAAUCAGUUCAGGCUACUUAUGCCUUGGUCAAGCAGUUGAGUGACCAGAAUCAGAUGAUGCAGAAUAUGCUGAAUAGUGUUACUCAACUUUGCACUGCACUUCAGGACUCCUACAGGAGAGUUGAGGUUCGCCUAGACAAAGCUGGUAUUCAGGGUAGAGAGGAUUCUGAGGCAAAGCAAGAGUCAUCCAAUGCUGCUGGUGAUGAAGAUGAUGAUGAACUGCAUGCACUUCAUACGAUUGGUAGUUUAUCUACUGGUUGUGUUUUGUUAUUUGUUAAUUUGUUUGGUUCCUUGAUCUAUUUUGAUGAUGCCAAAAGGGGGAAGCAGGUGUGA